CGAUUCCCGCAUGUGAAUGUGGGUGUGUGACGAAACCCAAAUAUUUGAUGAGAAGGAAGUUGCAAUCUCCCGGCAUGCAUUUGCUUUUGCCAGCUUUCACUUGCGCUCCUUCCUCUGUCUGCUGAGCGCGUCCGAAUCGAAACGAACCUACUGCAGGGCGCAGGGUCAACUGUGACAACUAUCAUUUUGGCCCACUAUCAUUCCUGAACCCGCCAUCCUCGUUUCAAAGUCAGGUGGUUUCAGUAGCCACCAUGUUCGUGGCUGCUCUUCGCUUGGUGGUCUUUCUUCACCUGGGCCAAGCGUUUGGGGCACAGCUCCCACACUUAAGUCUGCAUGACGUCACCGGCGCUCAGCCGUUCCCCUGGCAUCAGAUGAGACUCCCGCAAACCGUCAUCCCCGUCCAUUACGACCUGACCAUUCACCCCAAUCUGACCACUCUGACCUUCACCGGCGUGGUUCGCAUCCAGUUGGAUGUGCAAGAAGACACCAAAGCUAUCAUUUUGCACGCCAAGCAGUUGAAGACCUUCAACGCCAGGCUCAAGACGCCCGAGGGGAUGAAGUCUCUUCAGAUUUUGGAGAACUCCAUUUACCAGCAGCUUGCUCUGAUGUCAGAUGAAGUGAUCCCUCAAGGGGAGGACUACGAGGUCCAUUUGGAAUUUUCCGCAAAUCUCUCAGACAGCUACCAUGGUUUUUAUAAGAGCAGCUACCGCACCAGCAGUGGGGAGCGCCGGAUCAUGGCCUGCACGCAGUUUGAAGCCACCUUUGCCCGAGCAGCCUUCCCUUGUUUCGAUGAGCCCGCCUUUAAAGCCAACUUCACCAUCGCCAUCAUUCGGGAACCGCAACACAUAGCCCUUUCCAAUAUGCCCAAGACAAAAUCGGUCGCAUUGCCAGGAGAUAUGUUUGAGGAUCACUUUGCCACCACAGUGAAGAUGAGCACAUACUUGGUAGCCUUCAUCGUGUCUGACUUUCACUCUGUGAGCAAGACGAGCCAACAUGGCGUCAAGAUUUCCGUCUACGCCGUCGCUGAGAAAAUCAACCAGACGGACUUCGCGCUGGACGCCGCUGUGAAGCUGCUCGACUUUUACGACGACUACUUCGAUAUUCCUUACCCGCUCCCCAAACAGGACCUGGCCGCCAUCCCCGAUUUCCAGUCGGGGGCGAUGGAGAACUGGGGUCUGACCACCUACAGAGAGGCCGCCCUUCUCUUCCACCCGGAAAAAUCCUCCAUUUCGGACAAAGUGCAAAUCGCCAAGAUUAUCGCUCACGAGCUUGCGCACCAGUGGUUUGGCAACUUGGUGACGAUGGAGUGGUGGAAUGACCUGUGGCUCAACGAGGGUUUUGCCAAGUUUAUGGAGUUGAUCGCCGUGGACGUCACCUACCCGGAGCUCCAAGCGAGUGACUUAUUCUUGGGGAAGUGCUACAACGCCAUGGAGGUGGACAGUCUCACCUCAUCACACCCCGUUUCCACCCGGGUGGAAAACCCCACUGAGAUCCAGGAAAUGUUUGAUGAAAUGUCUUACGAUAAGGGAGCGUGCGUUCUGAAUAUGCUGAAAGGCUUCCUGACACCUGAAGUGUUCGAGGUGGGGAUCGUUCGCUACUUGAAGCGCUACAGCUACAGAAACACCGUCAACAGCCACCUGUGGGAGAGCUUGACCAACGUUUGCGAUCUGAAUGAUCUACCAGGCGCGCCAUCAAAGCAAAAACAAUUCUGCUCCAAGCUCACCCUGCCAUCUGGAGCAUUAUACGAUGGGGAGAAGUUUGACAUCAAGAGCAUCAUGGAAACGUGGACGCUACAGACGGGAUUUCCGCUAGUCAACAUUGAAUUAAAAUCUCGCAAGCUCCUGCUCACCCAGCAGCGUUACCUGAAGAUGGAGCCUCCGCCCGCCUCCUCCUCUACCUCCACCGACGACACCGACGACCCCACCCAUGACGAGAAGUCCAUUUGGAAAAUUCCACUGACAUACAAGACAAGCGACUCUGCCACAACAUACCAUCACCUGAUGAAAUCCCCAGUAGAUCUCCUGCGCCUCCCAAACAAUGUGGACUGGGUUAAGUUCAACGUGGACAUGAACGGCUACUACAUCGUUCACUACGGCAAAGACGGGUGGAAGAAUCUGAUUAAACUGCUGCACUACAACCACACGGCGCUCAGCAGCAAGGACCGUGUCAGCCUCAUGCAUGACGUCUUCCGGCUAGCCAGCAUCAAGAAGGUUAGCUUGGAAACAGCCCUGGAGCUCGCCUCAUAUCUGCCCAAAGAGACCGACAUCAUGACCGUGACUCAGGGCUUCCAAGAGCUCAUCCCGAUCUAUAAACUGAUAGAAAGAAGGGAAAUUGGACCUCUGGAAGACGGCAUGAAGACUUUUAUGCUGGACCUGUUCAAGAAUUUGAUCGACACUCAGAAGUGGGACGACUCCGGUUCGUCGUCCGAGCGGACGAUGCGUAGCUACCUGCUGCUGUUUGCCUGUGUCAGGAACUACACUCCUUGCGUGACCAAAGCCAAGCACAUAUUCAACCUUUGGAAGGACUCGGACGGCCAAAUAAGCCUCCCCGUCGACAUCACCUUGGCCGUGUACGUUGUCGGGGCUCAAACAGAGGAAGGCUGGGACUUCCUCUUUGACUUCUACCGCCGGACUUUGCAAAUGUCCGUCCAGGACCGCAUCAGGAUUGCCUUGACCAUCAGCCCGUUGUAUAAAAAGCUCAAGUGGCUUCUGGAGCAGAGUCUUCUGGGUGAAGUGGUGAAAACUCAAGAGCUCCCACAUGUGGUGGUCUCGAUCAGCAGGAACCCCCGAGGCCACAGACUAGCGUGGGACUUCCUCCGAGCGAACUGGGCGACCCUGAUCAAAAAGUUUGAAGUUGGCUCCUCCUCCAUAGCGCACAUGGUGACGGGAGUGACCAGCCUGUAUUCCACAAAAACGAUGCUCAUAUCGGUGGGAAAAUUCUUCAGCUCUCUGGAGGUGGAGACGGGCUCAGAGAUGCGAUGUAUCCAGCAGGCCUACGACACCAUCACCGAUAACAUACAAUGGGCCGAGACCAACUUGCCCUUACUGCAGUCCUGGCUGAGAAAACGCCAGAGAGUUACUCACGAGGACUUGUGAUAGGCACACAGACGCUUUUUCAAUUUCUUACCCAAAUUGUCCUAUUUUGGGGGUGACAGGUAGGUCGUACUUUUCGAGGAACUUCUCAAGUGGACACAGUUUCACUGAAACAUCUUUUUAAUGUCAAAUUGUUGUUUUAGGGCUUUUGUGUUGACCCCAGAAGUUUGUCAUUAUGAAGUUCAUGUUGGAACUUGAAAUGUUUCAUGGGCGGAACAUUGAACCUUGGGGUUCUCCCCAACCCCCCCCCCCCCCUUUUUUCAUUGUACUCUGUUGUUGCCCUACCCCCAAAUCUUGACAGUGAGGUUAAUUACAGAUUCCAAAUUGUCCAUAGGCGUGAAUAUGAUUUUCGACUCCUUUUUUCCAUCGUCAUCCAAAAUCAUCUGGAAUACGCCUUCCGAUACU